UGCUAAUUGUCAUUCACUAUUCUUCGCGGGUAUCCAAUCAUUCACGCAGAAGGCUUAUUUGUUCUUCUCUGCCAAAGCAAACAAAACUUACUUUUUAAAUGGGUUAAGCAAGCCUAUUUAAGUUGAGAGGAAAUCCAGAAAAUGGACACGAUAUGUCGCACUUGCGGUCACGAAAUGGAUGACGGCAGUCCACUCUUUCACAAGGAAGGCACGGAAGUCCUGUACAACAUCCUCCGGUUGACUGGGAUUUUGUUUGAGGAUCAUCCCGGAGUACCCUCAAAUAUCUGUAUGCCCUGCCUGCUGGUGCUUAACGAGGCCAUUGCCUUCCGGGAGCGGUGCAUCACGACGAACAACUCCUGGUACGCUGAUCAGGCACAAAAGAGGAGGGGACUUUCUCAACCAAAGAGUCCUGUGCCGGAAGAGAUCGCACCAGAACCCAAGGAACCGGAUAGGAUUUCGUCGAUGGCAAUAGAAGAGCCUAUUUUUCAUCUCACUGUUGAUAUAGUGGAUCCCCUGAGCCCUAUAAAGGACUCCGAGAAGUUAUUGAAGGGAAUCCGAAAAUCAAGACUAGAAGAAGUGACACCUGUUAUAAGAAAAAGACGAGGAAGGCCAAAAGACAGUAGGAGCAAAGAGGAAAAAAAUGACAGGCGAAGAAAGUUGGCUGCGGAGAGAAGAGCUGAGACCAAGGAUCAGAAACUCUACUUCUGCGACCAGUGUGGCAAAACCUUCAGCGAAAAGGGCAACUUUAAUGUCCACCUCACGCGACACAAGGGCACCAAGGAGUUCCAGUGCAGCGAAUGCGACCGCAGGGAGUUACCCAGACUGCUCAACUUGCACGUGCGGAUCAAGCAUCGCGGUGAGCUGCCCUACGAGUGCAAGUACUGUGGACAGCGGUUUGAUAACUGCCUCAAGCGGUUGUUCCAUGAACGGAGGCACAAGGAGAACCACCAAAGACCGCAUGAGUGCCCCAUUUGCAAGAAGGGCUUCAAGAGUACAACGUCCCUUAAGCACCACAGCGUGGUCCAUACGGGCGAACAGCCAUUCUACUGCGAUCUCUGCCAGACCCACUUCAAUCGGAGGAACAGUUUGAGAACCCACUACAAGUCCAAACAGCAUCUAAAUAAAGUCGAGGAGCAGGCACAAAUGCUUAAUGUUGGAGACCAAACUGGCCCGGAGGAUGGUGACUAUUUACAACCGGUGUCCCUAAGUACAACUUGUUUGUAGCUCAGUGUUGCAUUUCCUGUUCCCACGGAAACGUAUGCAUAUUUUGCAAUUCACCAAAUUCGGCAACAUGUCAG